GGGGCCAUGUUGCGGGGCACCCACGUGAAGGGCGCACGUCCGUGAGCGGUCACGUGACCGGGGCGCGCCGCAGCCGCCCGGGGCGCACCCGGCGAGAGGCAGCGGCGGUGAUGGACGGGUCCGGGGAGCAGCUCGGAGGCGGCGGGCCCACCAGCUCUGAGCAGAUCAUGAAGACAGGGGCCUUUUUGCUGCAGGGUUUCAUCCAUGAUCGCGCGGGGAGGAUGGCAGGGGAGACACCGGAGCUGACCCUGCAGCAGCCACCCCAGGAUGCAUCCACCAAGAAGCUGAGCGAGUGUCUCAGGCGAAUCGGCGAUGAGCUGGAUAGCAACAUGGAGCUGCAGAGGAUGAUUGCCGACGUGGAUACGAACUCUCCCCGAGAGGUCUUCUUCCGGGUGGCAGCUGAAAUGUUUGCUGAUGGCAACUUCAACUGGGGCCGUGUUGUUGCCCUCUUCUACUUUGCUAGCAAACUGGUGCUCAAGGCCCUGUGCACCAAAGUGCCGGAGCUAAUCAAAACCAUCAUGGACUGGACGCUGGACUUCCUCCGAGAACGGCUGCUUGUCUGGAUCCAAGACCAGGGUGGCUGGGUGAGACCCCUCAGUCCCUCACUGUCCAGACUGAGCUGCAGCCUGGGAUGGCCUCCUCUCAUACUUUGGGACCCCCACAUGGCAGACAGUGACCAUCUUUGUGGCUGGAGUUCUCACUGCCUCACUCACCAUCUGGAAGAUGAGCUGAGGCCGCCUGCUGCCUUGGACUGUGUCUUUUCUUCAUAAAUUAUGGCAUUUUUCUGGGACGAAUGGGGAUGGGAUGGGCAUUUUUCUUACUUUUGUAAUUAUUGGGAGGGUGGGAAUGGUGGCCUGGGGGAGGGGACAAUAAACCUCAGGUCCACUUUG